UGCGGCCGACGUGGCGGCGCUGGUACGCAGGACGGGCGCCACAUUGCGCCUGCGCCCCAACGCGGAUCCUGAAUUAAGUUGGAAAGCUGAACCGAAGGGAGGAAGUUCAGAAUCCUAAAAGAGACUCACCAAACCGGGAAGUAGACCGUGACUCACAGAAGUGAUUAGUGCAGGGGGCUCCGUGUGGGUACGUCACUUGAUUCCCUGGAUCAUCAUUCUUCGGGGGUCAUCUCCUUUGGAUCCCAGUUCUGACUCCAAGGAAUAUUAACCUAAAUAAAGAGGAAGGAAGAACGAAUCCACCUCUGCCACACCUACCUCACCCAAGAACUACAUUUCCCUUUAUGCUUGGCGCAACGCACUCCUAUGAAGUGAAAAGAGCGACAAUUACUUCCUAAGGCCCCUUUUUUCACCUUCGCCCGCCGAUGCCGCAGUGUUCUAUGGGAAAGGUAGUUCUAGCGCUCGUUGUCUGGCCCCGCUCAAACUGAACCCAAACUAUACUUCCCAGCAAGCAGCGCACUCGCCUGGGACAGAGGGGCAAGAUGGCGGAUGCUGAAGAGGGUGCUUUGCGGCCGGCAGGAGCCUCCGCUGCCCCAAUUUCGUUCAGCUUCAGUCGCACAUCUGCCCGGAGACGGCUCGCGGACGACGCGGGUGCGGCUCCAGAGGAGAAGGAUUUCUUAAAGACCGUGGAAGGGAGGGAGCUGCAAAGUGUGAAGCCCUCAGAAACCCCCAAGGAACUCGUCAUCCCUUUGAUCAAGAAUGGCCAUCGCAGGCAGCCACCGACCCAGGCCCCUGGGCCAUCCACAAAUACUGAGGCCUUGGUGGAUGGGGUGCUGUCCCAGGCUGUGAAGGAGCUCAUUGAGGACUCCAAGAAGUCCCUGGAGGAGAGAGAGAAUUCGGGUGUCGACCCCACGCUUGCUAUCCCCAUGAUCCAGAAAGGAUGCAUCCCUAACGGGGAAGGGGCAGACAGCGAACCCCGGGCUGAGACAGUGCCGGAGGAAGCUGAUUACGAGGCAGUCCCCGUAGAGGCCUAUGGGCUGGCCAUGUUACGAGGCAUGGGCUGGAAACCUGGCGAGGGCAUUGGCCGCACCUUCAAUCAAGUGGUGAAGCCCCGUGUCAACUUACUGAGGCCGAAGGGGCUAGGGCUGGGCGCCAACCUGAAUGAGGUCCAGGCCCUGGUCUCCACUGGCCCCCACCACCAACCAAAGCCAGAUGAGGAGCAAGAGAAGGAUAAGGAAGACCAGCCUCGAGGACUGGUGCCUGGAGGGGCUGUGGUGGUUCUUUCCGGCCCUCACCGAGGCCUCUACGGGAAGGUAGAAGGCCUCGAUCCUGACAAUGUUCGGGCCGUGGUUCGCCUGGCCGUGGGGAACCGCAUGGUGACUGUUAGUGAGUACUGCCUGCGGCCUGUUUCCCAGCAGGAGUUUGACAAGAACUGCUUGGAUCUCAGUGAGUGAGCCUCCCACCUUGCUGGGAGAGUUGGAGAAGCAUUCCAGGCGGGGCA